AUGUCUUGUAGUCUAACGAAAUGUGAUCUCGAGGGGUUACGCGGCGCAGGCCCCUGUGGCCACUAUGCAUCUCCGAAAAACUGGGGACCCGCCAUGGGUGAUUUGGAUAGCUCUGGGGCGGAGAUGUCACCGGAUCAGGUUCAUCGAUCCAAGGGAGAUCAGUACUGCUCGAUUGCACCGCGAGUCCCCGUCUGGCUCUCAAUCUCCAUGCGGAUGCCCAGCCGGUGGGCAGGCUCUGCGCCAGCACCGGGUCGGGCAUUGGCUCUGACAGGAGCGGUGUCUCUACGUCGGAUGCCUCGAUACUCAGUUGAGGCGGAAGGACCUUCUGCUUCGCUGACGGCGAAGCCGCCUCACCCGGCGCUCUCUGCUGCCCCAAAAGAGUCCUUCUCGGUGGCAUGGGUGGAGGGACUAUAG